GCGGGGGUAGGGCCGGUCCGCCGCUGUCCCGGCAUGCAGCGCGGCGGCGGCGACAGUGGCGGUGGCCGCCAUGUUGUGGUAGUUUGUUGUUCUCCUGCGGCCGGGCCGCGCCGAGGGGCGGCCGCCGGGCGCUGAAGCCGGGCCCUUCCCCGGGGCCUUUCCCCGUCCCAGCGCUCCCGGGGGCGGCUCGGAAGAGGUGUCGGGAGCCGCCGGGGUGAGGCGAGGAGCCAUGGCUGCCGCCCUGGGAGGAGGCGCAGAUGAUGACUUUGAUCAAUUUGAUAAGCCUGGUGCAGAAAGGUCUUGGAGAAGAAGAGCUGGAGAUGAUGACUGGGACAGUGAACUUGAUGAUGAUUUGCUUGGAGAGGAUUUGCUCGCUGGCAAAAAGAAUCAGUCAGACUUGUCAGAUGAGGAGCUGAACGAUGAUCUUCUACAAAGUGACAAUGAAGAGGAACAAGAAUUUGGUUCCCAAGGUGUCACAGUUAGCCUCAAUACUACUUCUGGCUUACUUACAUCCUACGAACUCUCUGAGACCAUCAAUGAUGAAUCAAUAGAACAUGAAUCUGAGUACGACCAAGGGGAAGAUGAAAUUGGUUACGACAAAUCUGAAGCACCUGAGGAGUAUGCUUCAGAGUAUGCAGAGGAAGGACAUUAUGAAGGCAAUGAUCCUGAACUGACAGAAGACCAAAUAGAAUAUGGGGAAGAGCCUGGAGAAGAUGAUGAAGUGCUAGACCUUGAAAUCAAUGAACCCCUAGAUGAAUUUCCAGAUGAAGAUUACAUGCAGUCAUAUAAUGAGGAAGCAAUGGGAGAGCAAGGAUAUACAGCUGAUGAGGAACUGGAAGAACCCCAGACAAUAACAAAUGAAUCAGAAGAGGCAGCUAUUGAAUCUCUGGAACUUCAGGACGAGACAAAAGAGGAAUCUGAUGAAGAGGAGGAUGAUGAUGAAGAGUCUGGACGAUUACGUUUCAAAACUGAACGGAAAGAAGGAACGAUAAUUAGGCUCUCAGAUGUGACAAGAGAAAGGAGAAACAUUCCAGAAACUUUAGAACUUUCUGCAGAAGCCAAAGCAGCAUUACUUGAAUUUGAAGAAAGGGAAAGGCAGCUUAAACAAGGACGGUAUGGCUCAAGGAGAGGAGGGCGAAGAGGAGGCUCAGUUAUGUGCCAUGGAAUGGGAGAACAAAGGAGAGACAAUAACGAUAGGGGAAGAAUGAAGGAUCAUAGGCCUGCACUGCUGCCAAACCAGCCAACCACAAUGACUCAUUCACAGAGGUUAAUUCCAACACACCAGCAACCUGUUAGGAGUCUGUUCCAGCACCAGCAGCAGCAGCAACAACAGCAGCAGCAACAGCAGCAACAACAACAGCAGCAGCAGCAGCAACAGUUACAAUCUCUGCUUCCUUUACAGCAUCAGCAUCAUUCUUCUCCUCCUCCAGGGCUACAUAUGCCCCCUCAGAUAGAAACACCUAGAAUAAUGAUGACUCCACCACCAGUGACACCUCAGCAACCGAAGAACAUACACAUAAACCCACAUUUCAAGGGGACGGUAGUGACGCCUGUUCAAGUGCCCUUGCUGCCAGUUCCAGCCCAGCCAAGACCUGCUGUAGGACCCCAGAGAUUUCCUGUUCCUCCAGACUUUCAGCAGCAUGCACCUGGACCAGUUCCUACCAACUUCUCGCAGGCCCCAAGGCUGCCAAUCCAGGACCAGUGGAGGGGGCCACCACCACCGCCACCACCACUCCCUCCUCCACCUCCUCAGGAAAGAGAUCCCUUUUUUAUAGGAGAUCCAAGAUUCCCAAGCCAUCACUUGUUUGAACAGCGGAGCCCCCCUCCACCACCACCUCCCCCGCUUCUUAACAGCGCCCAUCCUGUCCCUACGCAAAGCCCCAUGCCCUUCAGUCAGCCCGGGCCAGCCUUCAGCCAGCAGGGGCAACAGCCGGUAUUUCCCAGAGAGAGGCCGGUGAGGCCAAACAUACAGCCUCAAGGUCCGGUGGGAAUUCUCCACUUCAACCAGCCGGGUGCAGCAAAUCCACGGCCCUUCAUUCCUCCGAGACAGCAGUUCUUACAAGCCCCAGGACAGCCCUUCCUCGCCGCACAUACGCAGCCUAACAUGCAGGGUCCUUUGCAUCCACCAUUGCAACCUCAGCCACAGCCUCAGCCUCAGCAGCACCAUCACCAGCAGCAGCCACAGCACCAUCACCAGCAGCAGCAGCAGCAGCACCACCAUCAUCUCCAAGGACCACCACAGCCCUUGAUGCCCAUGAACCAGCCACAGUUCAGGCCUCACAUGCAGGCCACGCAGCAGCAGCCAAAUAACAACAGGAUGCAGUGUCAGCAGCGGCAGGGUCCAAUGAAGCCAAGACAUAACACACCCUCACAAAAUAUUGUCAAGCGUCCAAAUCAGCAGCUACAGCCAACUGCUCCAAGAAAUAGUAACUUGCGGGAGUUGCCAAUAGCACCGUCACAUGCUCUGGAAGUGAGCAACAACAGGCGAACCUCUACCCCAGCUGCUCAGGUCAAACCCAUUACCAGCACAGUGUCUGCCACCAAGACUGUAGCUGGUGUUGGAAACUCACAGGGGCGGCCUGAGAUGAAAGCUAAAGCGAUCACACCAGUGGCCCAAGCAAAACCAGAAGCAAAAUCUGAACCAGAGUAUCCAGAUGAAGAUGAAGAAACUAGAUUGUACCGUUUGAAGAUAGAAGAGCAGAAACGUUUAAGAGAAGAAAUUCUGAAACAAAAGGAGUUGAGAAGGCAGCAGCAGGCUGGCGCUAGGAAGAGAGAACUGCUUGAAAGACUGGCGCAGCAGCAGCAGCAGCAACCUUCUACGCAGCCAUCCUACAUGCAGCAGGAGGACGACUCUUCUGAGUUCCCCACCAAUGGCAACCCUUACAUACCCCACUCUGGCUUACAGACCAGGCAAAAUGUGAAAAACAGACUCCUUGUUAAAAAGCAAGAUAUGGUAGUUCCAAAUAUCCAGCCCAAACACACAGAUUACCCACAGGUUGGGAGCAAUAUGCAGUAUCAAGGACAGCAGCUGAAACCAGUGAAACAGCUGAGGCAGACCAGAACAGUACCUCCAAGUCAGCCUCAGGCAGCGCAGAAAAUAUCACAGACAAAACCUGCUGCAGCACCGCUGCCCUCACCACAGACUGCUAGAGUGGCUUCGGUACAAGCAAGGCCCCAGGAACUGAAACCUGGCGUGAAAAGGACUGUCAUGCAGCGGACAAACAGUGGUAGUGAUGUGCCCCAUGUCGGCAGCAAAGUCAGGGUGAUUAAGUUGUCAGGAGGGCAGGGGGGAGAGGAUGCUGGCUUUUUUCACCCAGAGGGCCAGCCCCAGCGGCCUCAACAACCUCUGGAGCCGAAACAGCAGCCAGUGCGGAAGGUCACAUUGACAAAGGGAGUGCAGCAGCAGCAGCACCAACAGCAGCAGCAGGCACAGAUCCAUUCACCAGCUCCUCAAGGAGUCAAAAACAUCCAGGGAAUCCAUCAACCUAAAAAGGUCAUUAUGCAUGGGAGAGGCAGAGGAGUAGCAGGCCAGAUGGGCCGAGGACGCUUGAUGCCAAAUAAACAGAACCUGCGAGUGGUGGAGUGCAAACCUCAGCCCUGUAUUGUGUCAGUUGAAGGGCUUUCUUCAUCAACUACUGAUGUCCAACUGAAAAACCUGCUGAUGUCAGUGGGACCCAUUCAGAGUUUACAGAUGCUUCCUCAACAACGGAAAGCCAUAGCAAAAUUUAAGGAGCCAGCACAUGCUUUAGCAUUUCAACAGAAAUUCCACAGGCACAUGAUAGAUCUGUCCCACAUAAAUGUGGCACUGAUAGUUGAGUGAUGUCUGCUGAGAAAUACAUACACUAACAGAAGCCUAUUGUGGAGCGACACGAGACACGGUGGCACAACCAUCGGGUUCUGAAACCUUUCAGCUUACAGUCUUUAAUUGCCAUGUUGAACUACAGAAAGCAGCGAGAUGUCCUCAAGAAGAGCUGAAUUUGAGAGGGAUCUGCAAAGGUGGAAUUUCUGUUCAGUUUGUUCACGUUCUGUUGUAACCACAUGGAACUACAGAUUUUUUUCAAAAUGCUUACAGUGCAUGCAGACACUGUUCUUCAAGAUACUACUGUGUGACCACAGUGACUUGAGAGAGAACGUUUACACGGAAAGAUCUAAAAACUUUCUUCAUAGCAAAGAAUAUUUGAUAAUGGUUGCUCUUAUCUUCAGUGCGAGGUAUUUGAAUGAGAACUCACCUUUUUUUAAACAAAACACGUUAGUUACGUUGUAUAUCUGAGAGCCUAGAAAGUAUUAUUGCGUAGAUUUAAACAUGGUCUACUUCACUGAAUAGCAGUAAGCUGAGAAGCUUUGGAGGUGACACUGGAAAACUGUAGUUUCUAUAUUUGUAAAUAUGUUAAGUCUGUCUUUGCAUUUUCUAUUCCAACACAGACUUCCACCUUCUCCUUCCAACUCCACUUGUUCCAUAAAACACUGUGUAGGAAUAACAUUGCUGUAUUUUCCCUUGGUUUUUAAAAACAAGGAUCCUUGCCCUUCAGUAGCAUCCUGGGGUAGUUAACUCCAAGUUGUAACUAAGUUGUUUUAAAUGAUGUUGCCAGAUACAAGGAAAAAGAAAUAUUUAGUGGCUCACUUAAAAAAAAAAGUUACACAGGAAGAGCGGUGCAUUCCUAAUAGUUCUUUUGGGCUAGUGUUUCAUAAUCGCCUUAUGCUUUAUUUUGAUUAGUUUUUUUUUUUUUUCCUUUGGGAUUUACUUUGACUGAACCAUAAGAAACCCAUAACUGAAAGGAUUUAGUUUGAUGUGUUGUUCCCAAUACAUACAGGACUAUAAGGACGUUGUGAAUCUGCUGGUGAACGUGGCAGUUCCAAAAAAUUACGUGCAAACAUUAAGGAGCUUAUAUUUUAUUCAAAGUAAAAUUCAUAAUAUUUCCUUUUGGUUAGAACCAUUUAGAUGGUAUUGCCAAAGGAACAAUUUUUUUCAGUUACUUCUGAAUAAACUUAUUAAAAUGUCAUCUUUAUAUUGGAUUGAAGUUUUUAUGGACAUUUCCUUAGUUUUUAGACUGUGAGCUUUUGUUUAAUCCUUUAUUUUAGGAAUACUAUUAAGCCUUCCACCUACUAUUGAAUGGGGGGGACUUAAAGAAACUUUGUAGGUUUGUUACCUGAGCAACCACAGAAGAACACCAUUGGUAUGUAAUGGAACAGCUGUGAAUGGGGGCCAAAACAGAAUGAUGAACUAAGCAAGUUUAUAGUAGCAUAGAUUUUUUUUAAAGGUUUAAUGGUAACUAAGUCACAGAGACCCAAUUGUCUUUCUUACAGAAAGAUUGGUCCAGGCUUUCAAUUAAGUAAAAGUUGCUUAAAAAUUAAUAAUGAUUAAUAAAUACUGUUGAGUCUUCUAGGUAAAACUGCUUUUGUUCACUGAAAUAAUACAGAGUAAUGUGGUACUUUGGAAACAACUGCACUGGGAAAAACUAUAAAGAGUACUGUAAGCCCAUUUACAACAAAUAUAGUGACAAGAUACAAUAACAUCAUGAGAAUAUUAAUGUGAAAGUGAGCUUUAUACCUGUCUGUAUAGUUCCCCAUUUAAGCAUAUUUCUUAAUAACAUUCAGCACAAUUAUUAUAAAUACAGUGCUGUUAGUGCUUCAGAUAGGCCUAAGCCCAGGACAAAGAAGUCUCAGGUAGAAAGUGCCCGGUGGAAGCUGACUCUGAAGACCAAUGCCAGGUGAUGGCGGUGACUGGCUCUGCCAAGGGCGGUGUAGUUCCUCACUUCCAUGAGCACUAGGACUGCUGUGCUACCUCCUCAGGUUAUGUCAUUUUUAUUUUUUAAAAAUAAAUUCUUAUCUUUAAAAUGAGUCAUUAAACAGUUAUUCACCCCACUGUUAGGAAGCAGCUUCUCUGUGCCGAGAAGGAUGGGAAGACAUCUAGGAAAGGAGCACUAAUAGUGUGUGUCUGGAAAUCUGGGCUAGAUGCGAAUGCCAGACAGGCCAGCAGCUGAGUUCAGCAGUAGGAACAUCUGCAGUUGAUCAGCUGUCCUGUCAUAAGCAUGUGUUAUUGGGGUUAGAGGGUUUCUUGGAGCCUGAGAAUAUGGGUUUGAUUCAAAAGUCAAAGAAGUUUGUAGAAACGCUCCUGCUUUGGGUUUUGAAUCUAUCCCAAAGAGGCUGAGGUUCAGCCAACUUAAACAAGUCUUAAGAAUUUUUAUUCAGUUGGGGUUUUUAAAAAAGAAAUGACAAAAAUGGGUGGCUUUGGAACAAAGGCGUGAAAUUGCCUCAGAUCUAUUUAAAUGUAGGAGGCAACGUAAACAAUGCCUGUUUAAUGACUAGAUGGAUCCUCUUUAAAGGUGGUUGCAGUAGAUUGUUGCUUGUGCAUAGACAAUGUACAGCGCGUUGCUGGUUAUUUUAGCUGCUUAUUGCAGUAGCUGGGUAUCAGAACCACGUGUAAGCGUACUAUAUGUAUGUAUGUCUAUAUACGUUUUAUUAUACACAUACAUACAUACACACACCCUGUAUUGUCACCAUAUCUUUCUAAUACCUUAAACUCAGUAGCAAAAGUAGCAAUUAGGUGAGUCACUUGUAAAAAUGUUUGUGUUUUGUUAGUUCUCAAAUUCUGACUUAAAACUGGAUCUGUUGGCAACGAUCAGUUUGAGUGAUAACAUCUCUUCUAGUUCUAUUUGUUGUCUGCUUCCCCCAAAAAAACAACACAAAGGAAGUAGAGGUAAAGCUAGAUGAACGUGUUGUAUCCAUGUUCUCUUUCAGCACGUAGUUAAAUCUGAACAUCUUAAGUUAACUUUCUUGGAAGAUCUGUUGCAACCAUUAUCUUGUUCUUUCUUGAUCAUGCAUUCAAAAUACAAUGCAAAAAAAAAAAGAGCAUUUAAUGUAGUAUGUAAAUAUUGAACUUUUAAAAUUAAAAUGUUACUCAAAGUGCUUACAGUCAAACACAUCUUAGCUACUUGUUAGUUUUUUGUGUUGUCUUAUCUAAGUUUAAUGGAUACAGUUCCAUAAAUGUUGAUGUGUUUUUGUGUAUAUCUUCAAAUUUUUAUAAAGAUGCUAGUAAGUCAAUACAUACAUCCUGAUCUGUGUAUUAUUUGUUCACAAUUUUUAUUAGCAUAAUUUUAUAAUGAUUUUAAUAGGCAACUCCAGUAGGUGAUUAUAUUGAGCCAUCUUUUUUUUUGGAAUUAUUUUGUUUUCCUCUGUAGCACUGGAGAAUUCACUUCAUAACUAAUCAUAUUUUGCUUUGACUGAAAGAUUGGAUUGGCCAUAUGAUCUGUGGUAUUUCAGUAAAAUGUUCUACAUAAAAAAAGAAAAGGAAAGGUUUUUAAAAAGCUCAACAUUAAAGGGAAAAUAGAGUACACUGUCAGACUAAGUCAUGGGUUUCUAGGUCUGUUCGGUUCUGCUGUACAAGUACAGAUAGGUCUGCUUUGUAAUACUGUUCUCAAAAGUUUGGGCUAUUUUUGUUUUACACAUAAUUCAAGUUGGUCUUGUAAAACUUGCUUUCAUCACAAUGUUAGCAAUUGAUGUGGCACAUAAUGUACGAUGGGACAAUUUGGAGUGUUUGAAAAGCUCAGUACAAUUGUUGCUAGGUAGGAAGAAGACGGGUCUGUAGCAUUUCCACAGCUGAAGGAGCUGCCAUGCAAAUGUUUUUCCUCUAAGCAGUGGUAAGAGAGUAAAUUUAGAUAGGGUAAUUGUUCUUGGUCCACCUAUAUAUCACCAGUUUGACUUCAAGAAGAAUAUUGGCAUCCCAUAUGUAAAGUAUCUUCAAGAUACGGAGCUUAUUCCCCAGUUUAAUUCUGAAAAAUAACUUCAGAUUUCCAAAUUUCUGUUUU